CCAUGGGUGUCGUACUCAGUGCAUUGUUAAGGGGUGGUGGGGUUGUGUCUCACUUCCUUCUCUCUCGUUCUAACUCGGAGCUCCUGUUGUCAAAGAUGAUUUUGAGGCUACUGAGCGAGGGGAUGGCGCUGGGGACGUGUGUGGUCAGGUGUGGCAGACUUGGGCACUCGGUCUUACUCCCUCGAUACAUCUCAUCGGGAGCAGUUAAGCAACAGGUGAAUACAGCAGCAGCAGUAGAAGGAAGCCUUGAAUUAGCCGCUGCUCGUCCCACUCAUGAGAUUCCUGGACCAAGGGUGUAUCCUAUUGUAGGCACUCUCCCAGAAAUGAUGUUCAACAAAUGUAAUGCACCGCUUCAAUGUCGACUACAAGUAUGAGGAUAUAGACCUUGUAUCCAAGCUUGUGUACAUGCCUUCAAAACCACUUAAGUUUUCAUUUACUGAGCGGAAGUGAAGAUAAUGCAAGAAUACCAGUUGUUUUCUACUGUAAGCACUGAGUACACUAGCAAGGUAUGAAAAUCUUGCAAAAUAAUAAUCUUGAAUAUAUACAUUAUACAUUGGUAUGUAUAUGCCAUGGUUUAAUAGAACUUUUGUCUUUUCAUCUAAUAUAUCUUUGAGUGGUUUCAUAUGGAGCAUAUUUUUUUUUAACUGAUCUAUACAUUAGGUACAUCCAAAAUUCAGAUUUGAUUUUAAUGCCUUAUUUGAAGCUAUUUUAAUUAAAAACAUAUCACCUGAAUAUUUGUCAAAGCAUUCUGAUAUUCCUCUGCAGUGUAAAUAUUUUAUUAUGAUGCAUAUAAAGAAAAUAUGAUUAGUAUUAAAUAAUUUACUAAAAACAAUCCUUGGCACUCUUCUUUUAUCACCCUUACAACAUAAUCCAUAUAAUAAAUAAAAAUAAUUGAUACUAGAAAUGUGAAUAUUGAAAAAUACCAUUAAUAAACUACAGCAAUAUUACGUAUGCAUCCUAAGUCUAAGAUUAAAGAAAUCUAACCUUUGUUAAAUAUUUGCAUUUCCAUCAAAAAAUGCACAAAAAUUUAUAUACAUCAACAAAACCAAGUGCUAAACCCACUAGGGUCAAUUUUAUAUACAAACUAUUCACAACAAAGCACUAAACUUGUAUGGAUCAUACAACCCUAAGAUUGUAGUUCAACACAUGAAAAAUAUUUGCAAAACCUUUAUAUACACCAUAAGAAGUUAUUUUUUUUUUUCCUCAACAUGACUGCUGUCUCCCACCAAGGCAGGGUGACCCAAUUAUAAUAAAAAAAAGCGCUAAACCAACAGGGGUCAGGGUGACCCAAAAGGCAAACACUUUCACCAUCACUCGCACAAUAUCACUGUCUUUGCAGAGGCACCCAGAUAUGACAGUUUAGAUGUCACCCCAAACAGCCAAUAUCCCAAGCCCCACCUUUAAAGUGCAGGCAUUGUACUUCUCACCUCCAAGACUUGAGUCCAGCUAACUGGUUUCCCUGAACCCCUUCACAAAAUAUUACCCUCGUCUCACUUCAACAGCUUGUCAGGCCCCAAAAACCAUUCAUCUCCAUUCACUCCUAUCUAACAUGCUCACACAUGCCUGCUGCAUGACCAGGCCCCUUGCACACACAACCUCUUUAAUCCCCUCCUCCCAUCCUUUCCUAGGACAACCCCUACCCCUCCUCCCUUCCACUACAGAUUUAUACACCCUCCAAGUCAACCUAUUUUGCUCCACCUCUCUAAAUGACCCAACCUCCUCAAUAAUCCCUCUUCAGCCCUCUAAACAAUACUUUUAAUAACUUCACACCUAUAAAAUAUAUAUUAUCAAGAAGUGCUAAACAUUUUAUUUAUAUGGAAUGUGAUAAUAAAAUAAACUUUUAGGGUAUUGAUGUUUUAUAUUUUAGUUAUUUUAUAUUGUCAUAUUUGGCAGUGAAUAAAUAAAGUCUUAUUCCUUA